UCCCCCCUCCCCUCCUCCUCCUCUCCCCGGGCCACAUCCCCACACGGAGGGCGGGGAACGGGCGGCCGGCGCCGAGCCGAGCGGAGCGGCGGCGAACGGGAACGGCACGGAGCGGCCGCCGCCGGGCACGUGAGCGGGCGGGCAGCGGGCGGGCGCGCUCUCGCGAGCCUCUUCCCUCAGCCCCCCCUCCCCCGUCCCUCCCCUCCGCCCCCCCCCCCCCCGCCGCCGGGGCCGCAGCCAACGCUGAGGCGACGCCGCCGCCGCGCUCCUUUCCUUCCCGCCGGCCCGCAGAAUUGUCUGGUGUUUCUCAGCUUGAAGAAGAUCUGCAGUCAUUAUUGAUCCUCUUUCUUGGCGUUACCAUUUUUGAAGUGAAGUUUGCCUAGCUUUCUAGUGUGAGCUCUCUUUUCAAACAUCUUAAAAACAAAACAAAAAAAAGAAUUUUUUUUUGAUCCAUAAAGUAGACAAGCUCUAGUUCUACAAUGUCCAAGUCAUUCCAGCAGUCAUCUCUGAGUAGGGAUUCACAAGGUCAUGGGCGUGACCUCUCUGCAGGAAUAGGCCUUCUUGCUGCUGCUACCCAGUCUUUAAAUAUGCCAGCAUCUCUUGGAAGGAUGAACCAGGGUACUGCACGCCUUGCUAGCUUAAUGAAUCUUGGAAUGAGUUCUUCAUUGAACCAACAAGGAUCUCAUAGUGCACUGUCUUCUGGUAGUACCUCUUCCCAUAAUUUGCAGUCUAUAUUUAACAUUGGAAGUAGAGGUCCGCUCCCUUUGUCUUCUCAGCACCGUGGAGAUGCAGACCAGGCCACUAACAUUUUGGCCAGCUUUGGUCUGUCUGCUAGAGACUUAGAUGAACUGAGUCGCUAUCCCGAGGACAAGAUUACUCCUGAAAACUUGCCUCAGAUCCUUCUACAACUUAAAAGGAGGAGAGCUGAAGAAGGUUAUGGUAGAGAUGGCAGAUCAUCCACACGGGAACCACCGUACAGAGUACCUAGGGAUGAUUGGGAAGAAAAAAGGCAUUUUAGAAGAGAUAGCUUUGAUGAUCGUGGUCCUAGUCUCAACCCAGUGGUUGACUAUGACCAUGGAAGUCGUUCUCAAGAAUCUGGUUAUUAUGACAGAAUGGAUUAUGAAGAUGACAGAUUAAGAGAUGGAGAAAGGUGUAGGGAUGAAUCUUUUUAUGGUGAGACUUCGCAUAACUAUCAUAAAUUUGACAGUGAGUAUGACAGAAUGGGUCGUGGUCCUGGUCCCGAGAGAUCUCUCUUUGAGAAAAAGAGAGGUGCUCCUCCAAAUAGCAAUAUUGAAGACUUCCAUGGAUUCUUACCGAAGGGUUAUCCCCAUCUGUGCUCUAUAUGUGAUAUGCCAGUUCAUUCUAAUAAGGAGUGGAACCAUCAUAUCAAUGGAGCGACUCACAGCCGACGUUGUCAGCUGCUGCUUGAAAUAUACCCAGAAUGGAAUCCUGACAGUGAUUCAGGACAUGGAAUGGGUGAUCCCUUUAUGUUGCAGCAAUCCACAAACCCUGCACCAGGAAUUCUGGGACCACCACCACCUCCAUUCCACCUUGGAGGACCUCCAGUUGGGCCAAGAGGAGCUGGAAAUGGAAAUAUGCAGGGACCGAGACACAUGCAAAAGGGCAGAGUGGAAACAAGCAGAGUUGUUCACAUCAUGGAUUUCCAGAGGGGAAAGAACUUGAGAUAUCAGCUGCUUCAGCUUGUUGAACCGUUUGGAAUAAUUACAAAUCACCUGAUUCUCAACAAAAUCAAUGAGGCGUUUAUCGAAAUGUCGACCACUGAAGAUGCCCAGGCUGCAGUGGAAUACUAUUCAACAACACCUGCGCUGGUGUUUGGUAAACCGGUCAGAGUCCACUUGUCACAGAAAUACAAAAGAAUAAAGAAACCCGAGGGUAAACCUGACCAAAAAACUGAGCCACCAAAACCAGAACUUGGUCGUGUGAUUCACCUCAGCAAUUUACCACAUUCGGGAUACUCUGACAACGCAGUUCUCAAGCUGGCUGAACCGUAUGGAAAAAUUAAGAACUACAUACUCAUGAGAAUGAAAAGCCAGGCUUUCAUUGAGAUGGAGACCAGAGAAGAUGCUUUAGCUAUGGUCGAGCAUUGUGCCAACAAAGCGCUUUGGUUCCAAGGCAGGUGUGUGAAAGUGGAUUUAUCUGAAAAAUACAAGAAACUGGUGUUAAGGAUUCCAAACAAAGGAGUUGAACUGCUGAAGAAGGAUAAAACUAGAAAGAGAACAUACUCUCCAGACAGCAAAGAUUCUCCAAGUGAUAAGAAGUCUAAACCAGAUGCUACUCAGAAACCUGAAAGUGGCAGUGUAGAAGAUAAAGCGAAAGAGGAGAAACAAGAUGAUGCUGCUGAGCCAUCAGGCGCUAAAAGUGGUGAGCAGGCAGACCAAGACGAGCCCAGUUUACUCCUGGAAUCUGAAGAUGAGCUGCUAGUGGAUGAGGAGGAAGCAGCAGCACUGUUAGAAAGCGGCAGCUCGGCAGGAGAUGAUGCAGAUGUUGCCAAUUUAGCCGAUGUGACUACUGAAGAGAAAAAGGACACAACUGAUGAAGUGACCAUAAAAACCGAGGGGAAUGUUGUGGCCAAUCCAGCAACAAAGAAAAAGCUUAAAAAGCGAUACGUGGGUGGCUUUCCGCGGAGCAUGGAAGGUUUUGUCACUCUAGAUGAGGUUGGUGAUGAAGAAGACUCGGAUCAUCAAAAACUCCGCAAGUCGGGUUUGGCAGUAAAAUCUGCUGCCAAAAACGAUGAUAGUUUGGCAGAAAUCAAAGUAGACAAGAUUGAGGAGCCGGAGCAGGAAAAUGAAACAUUAGAAAAUGGAACCAAAACCGAAGAUAAUUUGAAGGCUGAAACUGUAGAAGCCUCUGAUACCGCAACAGCACAGGAUACUGAGAAAAAUGCCCAUGAAAAUACGGACACCCAGGAUGAGCAGGAAGCAAAGAGUGUCCAAGAGAAAUCUCUUGUUCCCGAUGAGUUUAGGAUUGGGCCAUACCAGCCAAACGUUCCUGUUGGUGUGAAUUAUGUGGUACCCAAAACAGGGUUUUAUUGCAAAUUGUGUUCCCUGUUCUACACAAAUGAAGAUGUUGCAAAAAAGACCCAUUGCAGCAGCCUUCCUCAUUAUCAAAAGUUGAAGAAAAUUCUGGAUAAAAUGGCAGAAGACCACAGGCAAAAGAAAGAAGCUUAAAAGGAAGGAAGGAUGUAAGGAAAACAGUGGCUUCAUUUUUAAUGUUAAUCUUUUUUAAAAGCAGUACAAGUAGUAGAUGGAAAUACUGUAUUCUUUUUUGUUGUAGUGAAAUACAGUAGGCAUUAUAGGUCUGUUCAUGUGUUAAAUGUUGUAGCAAAAAGCAUAUGCAGUUAAGUUAAUGACAAACACUUGUUCUUUAUGUGAGAAUGGCAACAAGUUUUUUGUUUUGACACUUCAAGCUAUUAAAGAAAAAAUCUUGCACCCUUGUGGAAAGCUCAUCUAUGGGAAGAAAACUUCAUUUAAGUGAAACUUACUAUUUUCAAGCUUCAGAAAUUGUCUUUCAAUUCCACUCUCAAUAAAAAAUGAAAAGUAACACUGUAUUUUUAUUUUAUCUAGAACAUUCCGUAUUUCAGUCUGAGCCUAGCAGAUAUUUAAUUUGGAGUGUAGGGAUGUCAUUGCAUUUCACUUUUGAAAAAGUCUUUAAAUGUAAGUUGCAUUUUUAAAUGUUGAAUUGCAGUUUCUUUUAAUGUCAUUGCUGUUAUAUAGCAAAUAGGAAAAUUAGUGGCUAGUCAGCUUUACAACUUUGUGAUUUUUUUUUUUCCUAAGCUCUUGAUAGACUUUCCUAUUCAGCUAUUCCGUGUAUUUUUAGUGAAAAGUAAAUGCCCAUUCUCCUCUGACCAGUAUUAUUUCCUUGAGCUCUUCCUGCUUUUACUUGAAUCUUGUAGCUGUCGUACAUCUCUAGUAUAUUCAAAAGCAGCAUUUGAGUCCUGAAAUGUAAAAAGGUAUCUUUAUAUUCUCCACAUGUAAUUUUUCAUACCUGCAUUUUAAAACUGUUUUUGUUAAAAUCUGGUUUCGUCAAGAAUCUUUAGAACUGUGCUCUUAAAUGUACCUGCACAUGUGAUAUGUGAACAGGAAUUUGCAUGUGUAACCUGUGUUUAUCUGUAGUUUUUGUUAUUUACUGCUUAUUUGUGAAUUCAGGUUACUAAAGUGAUUUACCAAUAAACAAAGCUAGGCAACAGUAAUUUGUUAUAGAUGUUUGGCAUGUUAACCAAUGUGUCUACUGAACUCUUUACUCCUGUGUUCAUGAUACCACACUGAAACUCUAGCUCUCUCUAAAAUUUGCAUGCUUUAACACCUGUGAUUUAGCAGCUUUACUGCAUAACUUUUCUUUCUCUUUCCUAAAACCUCGUUUGUUUCCAAACAAAUUAAAAUAUCACUUGUUAAAACA